UUGUGGUUAUCAUUGCCAGGUCUGGGCUGGCGUAUGGUCACAGAUAAACUAAUAAUUUUCACACGGAGAUAGUUUGUUUUGUCUAUAGAGCCAGGCACAUGCCUCGCCUUUAAACGUAGCUUGCAAUAUUUUGCAAGAGAAAGACUCUAAACAUUGCGAAUCUUCCCUCUCACUUGACUAGAGACUACGAGAAAAGCUACCCACAAUGCAUAGCAAUGCUAGCUAGUGUUAGCGGAAUAGCCAGAGAGCAGAAAACAACAACAAGAGCGUGAACGAGGCUCAACAACAGGCUAGCUAGCUUCCAAGGCCAGCUGCAUGGAUAGCGACAAUAACGACGACCAAGAUUCAGCGAACGCGGUGUCCUUUUCAACAUUCUUUGUAAUAUACACAGAUAAUCGGUGGCAGCAGCAGCGGUGCCAUGAACAGUGGACUCCCAGCUUCAGCUGCUCCGCUUGGGGGUAUUGGAAUAACUAACAUCAAGGUGAAGUUUUGCCGAUAUUACGCGAAGGACAAGACUUGCUUUUAUGGGGACGAGUGUCAGUUCUUGCACGAGGAUCCGUCAAUGGCAAGCCUGUCUAUGCACGGCGGAGGCAGCCCUGUCCCCCUAUCCAUGGCAGGGGGAACCGUGACAGGAGCGGGGUAUUCACUCGGUGGAACAGCAGCGGGCGGUGGGGGAACGAAUGUCCCUAAAAAGGGCGAAUCUCUGGGGCCUGCAGGCACGGCUCUAGAGGGACAGUUGUUAACCAUCACUGGGAUGGAGGUCGGGACCCUGAGUGAGGGCAAUCUAACCAACUCAUACUUUAGUAGCAGCUUCAUCGGAGUUAAUGGAUUUGGAAGCCCUGCAGAGUCUAAAUACACCAUGAUGCAGAGAAUUACCAGCAGCAGCAGCUCUCCCAGUCUAAUCAAUGAUGGUGCCAAGAACUAUAGCCACAGCACUCAUGAUCCAGUGAAUUCCCCCUCGUCUUCACUCUUUGGUGAUUUUGGUGCCCUAAGCAUAUCUCAAAGGAGAAAGGCCCCUAACCCGACAGCCAGUGAGUUCAUCCCCAAAGGCGUCCCUCGCAUAGCCUCCAUGGCCCAGUCUAGUGUGCCAGCCUUCCCGUCGCCCCUCUUCCCUCACCCCGCUCUCAGCGGCUCCACGGCUGCUGCCCUCUCUCCCGGGAUGUCUCUGUCCGCGGGGUCCUCUCCCCUCCACUCCCCAAAGAUCACGCCCCACACUUCACCUGCCCCGCGCCGACGGAGCCACACCCCCAACCCCAACCCAGCCAAUUACAUGGUGCCCACCAGCGCCUCCGACCAGCUCGCAGCUCACAUCAUCCAGAAGGAGACAGUGGGGGGGACUACCUACUUCUACACUGACAACACCCCUGCACCCAUGGCUGGGAUGGUGUUUCCUACCUACCAUAUCUACCCCCCUACUGCUCCACAUGUGGCCUACAUGCAGCCCAAAGCCAAUGCCCCGUCUUUCUUCAUGGCAGAUGAACUCCGACAGGAGCUGAUCAACAGACAUUUAAUAACCAUGGCCCAGAUAGACCAGUCAGAAAACCCAGGUGUCCCCUCAGAAGUGGACAGCUACCACAGCCUGUUUCCAUUGGAGCCCGUCCCCCCACCCAAUCGCAUGCAGAAGACCAGCAAUUUCAGCUACAUCACUUCCUGUUACAAGGCGGUCAACAGCAAGGAUGAUCUACCGUACUGCCUGAGGAGAAUACAGGGGUUCCGCUUGGUGAACACCAAGUGCAUGAUGCUGGUGGACAUGUGGAAGAAGAUCCAACACUCCAACGCUGUGACGCUGAGGGAGGUGUUCACCACCAAGGCCUUUGGAGACCACUCUCUGGUGUUCUCCUACGACUUCCAUGCUGGUGCAGAGACCAUGUUCAGCAGGCACUUCAACGACCCAGCUGCUGACUCCUACUUCACCAAGAGGAAGUGGGGCCAGCAUGAGCCUCCACCACCAAGACAGCACGCCGGCCUUCUCCCCGAGUCUCUGAUCUGGGCUUACAUCGUCCAGCUCAGCUCAGCCCUUCGCACCAUCCACACUGCUGGCCUCGCCUGCCGGGUCAUGGACCCCAGCAAGAUCCUCAUCACUGGCAAAACCAGGUUACGGGUAAACUGUGUCGGGGUGUUUGACGUCUUAACAUUUGACAACAGUCAGACAAACCACCUGGCCCUUAUGCCACAGUAUCAGCAAGCAGAUCUCAUCUCCCUGGGCAAAGUGGUGUUGGCUCUGGCGUGUAACUCUCUGGCUGGGAUUCAGAGGGAGAACCUGCAGAAGGCCAUGGAGCUGGUGUCCAUCAACUACUCAUCAGACCUCAAGAACCUCAUCCUGUACCUGCUGACUGAGCAGUCACGUCUGCGCAGCGUCAAUGACAUCAUGCCCAUGAUCGGAGCCCGCUUCUACACUCAGCUGGACGCCUCGCAGAUGAGGAACGAUGUCAUAGAGGAAGACCUGGCCAAGGAGGUGCAGAAUGGCCGCCUCUUCCGUCUCUUGGCCAAACUGGGAACCAUCAAUGAGAGGCCAGAGUUUCAGAAGGACCCUACGUGGUCAGAGACGGGGGAUCGCUACCUGCUCAAGUUGUUCCGAGACCACCUGUUCCACCAGGUGACCGAGGCAGGGAGCCCCUGGAUCGACCUGAGCCACAUCGUCUCCUGCCUCAACAAACUGGACGCUGGCGUGCCUGAGAAGAUCAGCCUGGUGUCUCGUGAUGAGAAGAGUGUGCUGGUGGUGACCUACUCUGACCUGAAGCGCUGCUUUGACAGCACCUUCCAGGAACUGCAGUCUGCUGCCACAGGCCCCCAGUAGAGGCCCUCCCUCCCCAGGCCACAGGCGGGGCUGCCUGGACCGGAACACAUUAUUGCACUACUGCGGACAAGCAGGCGCAUGGGGAUGACAUCAUCAUCAGCGUGGCGAGGGCAGAUGGAUGGGACCUGCUGAACCUCUGUCACAUACACUGUCCUGUCCACCAGGAAGGAUUUUAUAAAGUGUAUUUUUUUAGUUUUCCUAACCCUGCAGCUACGAGUAAAAAAAAAAAAAAAAAAAAAAAGUUACGGACUUACGAUGGAAGCUGUGAUGAGGAUGUUGACAAUUAUUCUUUUUUUAUUUUUUAAGACUUGGG